AUGAGCGACUUGCGCAGGAUAUAUGUUCCCGCAGUUUCGCUCCCACAACCUCUACCACCAAAAACCACCAUCAAGAUGGCAACACCCAACGCUAUCGCGAUGACAACAGAAGAAACUCUACUCCAACUACAUCAACUAGUCUCAGAACAAGAUGAAGAGCUCAAGGCAAUCCUAUCGCGUUUGCUGGCGCGUCUGAGCCCGCCAGACCUCAGUGACGUCGCGGUGGGACAACACUUCUGCAUUGAACUCAUCCAAGUCCUGAAGCAGCUUGGAAUCCUCAAGGAGAAUGUCCAGCAGGUAUGUAUCCUCCGCGACCAGCUUACUCGCUCUCAGGAAUUCCUCAGCGCAGAAAUUGCAACAAGAGGUGUUUUGCACGCGUCUUUGGAAGCAAGCCGCCAGGAGACUGCGUCUCUCAAAGACAAACUGGUACUUGCAGACAAUAAUUUACUGGCACUGCAAAGGAAGCACUGCGCGAUUCUUGAUGCUCUGAAAUACCCGUCACUUCAGGCAGAUGCAACCCACAAUGAUGAACAGACAUCCGAUCGGGCGCAGCUUUCUAAACUCGUUCAGCAGCUCGAAACUUCCGCGGAUGCACAUGCUCUCCAGGAUAAAGUCAAGAAUAUCUCCGCAGAUGCACAGUCGCUCCAGGAGAAGAUUACGAGCACUGCCAGACUCGGUCAGACACUCCGUGAACACAUCACAGCUGCCAAACAGGAUUCCGAAGAAUUGAGAACGAGCAGCAAGCAGGCUCGAGAAACCAUGGCUAAUGCGCUUGCUAUAUUCAAAACCGAGGUGGCCAACGCCACAAAGGCAGCAGAGGCAUCCCAGGCAAAACAUAACAGCGAAUUUCGGGAGCUCCAAAGUAAGCUCCAUGCAGCUGAACAGGAGAGAAACGAAGCAACUGCAAAAUACGCUGAAGCCGAGCGGAAAAUCGCAGAACUUACAGCAGAGAUUGAAAAGCUGAAAGUCCAGAAUGACGGACAGGAAAGCAGCACUGGCAAGAAGAGACGCAAUGUCAACCAGUCAGUCCGCAAUACUCCCGCGGCACCUAGCACAAAUGACAGCUGGUUGAACCAUACGAAAUACCGGAAGCGUGUCUGGGAAUAUUUCACCUUGGUCAAUAAUAGCGACAUAGCCUUCGUGGAAUACGCUCUUACCAGAAUCUUCAUUCCAACGCCGCCUCGCUUAUUAGGCAAGCAAUUUAUACAGGAUGCUGAGGAUCCUGUGAGCGUAUUCAAUCGCUACAGGAGGAGCUCAGAUGAGAGUGACAUGAAUCAUACAUGGCAAUGUCUCAAGAAAAUUGCUACUAACAGACAGAAGCCUCUGGAAAUUAUUGAGGGCAUCAGGCAAUGCAGAUAUUGUGAUGGCUCAGCUUAUUGUCUUCAGGUACGACAAGAGCAAGGAAGCAAGAUAGUCUGGCUACGGCUUGUUGGACCCGAAACCGAAGAGAGCAGGCAGCUGUUCCCAAGUGGUUGA